UAAUGCCUGAGUAAGGCUGUUAAUUUAUCGAGAGUGCGACGUGCGUAAACAAAAGGAAAAAAAGAGCAGAAAAAGGAAGUUUAAUUAUAUUUUUACUAAUAACAUUAAAAGUAUAUAAUUAUGGAACAAGAGAAGACCGCCGCACAGAAAUUAGUUGACCGUAAAGAGCGCCUAAGAAAUUUACACAAAAUGCGACAAGAAGCUCGUACACACAAUCAUCAGGAAGUAAUAGCUGAAGAUGCUCGGAAAAAGUUACCCAACAAUUGGGAAGCCCGAAAACGUCAAGCCGAUUGGAUUAUGGCUGAUGAAAAAGCUCGUGAAGAGGCAAAAGCCGAAGGCAAGGAUUAUGAUCGCCUAAAAUUGUUGCAAAUAUCUGCAAUUGAUGCUGAAAGAAUAGAACGCAAACAAAGAAAGAAGAAUCCAGAUGGUGGAUUCGCCACUUUUGAAGCCCAGACAGCACGGCAGUACGCUCGUUUAGUAAAAAAUAUGCCUACACGUGACAUGAAAAAAUAUGAAAAACAAAGACAGGAUUUAGGAGAAGCAUUUUAUGGUGGUCCAAAUACUGUACUUCACGGAUUGGUUAAAGAUUCGCCCGAUGCCAUUAACAAUAUGGUUAAAGAUCUAGAACAGCAAAUAGAGAAACGUAAAAAGUACUCCAGGAGACGCACUUACAAUGACGACGCGGAUGUGGACUUUAUCAAUGAAAGAAACAGUAAAUUUAAUAAGAAAUUAGAGCGUUUCUACGGCGAACACACAGCUGAGAUAAAGCAGAAUCUGGAAAGAGGAACAGCAAUUUAAGUUUUUAAAUUAACUAAUAAGAUUUAUUUGUAUACUU